CCCAUUCCCUCCACGCCGCGCUCUGAUUGGCCCUUGGGCUGGCCAAUGAGCGCGCAGAUCGAGGUCCCUACCCUGAGUCGGACUGGAAAGCUUCUGCCAAAACUUUGGGAGUUUUUAGAGAGGAGUUUUUUUUUUUCUUCCCCCCUCUUAUUUUUUCUUUUUCUUUUCUUUUUUUUUUAAGCGAACGGAUUAUGAUUGUUGUUGUUUUAAAUUUAGCUCGUAGGGCUUAGCUCUUGGGGUUUUGCUUUCGGUGCCCGGGCCCUGUCUCUUCCCCAGCGCCCCUCGCCCGCCUCCAGCCCGCGGGGAGCGCGGGUCCCCGGCCGCCGCCUUCCGUGAGGUCAGGACCGACCGGGACCGGCUGAAUCUAACGGAUCUGACCCUCGCCUUCCCCCCCUCACCCUCCCUCGGUGGUGCCGGGGCUCCCUGGCUUCUCCUGGGAGCGCACCGAGAACCGAAAGCGAAUCGUCCUCCUCGGCCGGGCGGCUGCCUCCUCCUCCUGGACGAGGCGCGCCCCUCCCCGCGCACCCACCCAGCCACCCACCCAUCCAUCCAUCCUCCGGCCCAGCCAGGCCGCGGCGGCGGAGGCGGCCGCCCCGCCAGGAUGUUUGCCGCCGGGCUGGCUCCCUUCUACGCCUCCAACUUCAGCCUCUGGUCGGCCGCGUACUGUUCCUCGGCCGGCCCGGGCGGCGGCUGCGCCUUCCCUCUGGACCCCGCCGCCGCCGCCGCCGCCGCGGUCAAGAAGCCCUCCUUCUGCAUCGCGGACAUCCUGCACGUCGGGGAGCCCGGGGCGGCCCCGGAGGGCCUGGCCGGAGCCUCGGCUGCUGCCCUCACCGCGCACUUGAGCUCGGCGCACCACCCGCACGCCUCUUUCCAAGCCGCCGCCGCCGCCGCCAGGUCCCCGCUUCGCCCCACCCCGGUGGUGGCGCCCUCCGAAGUCCCCGCUGGCUUCCCGCAGCGACUGUCCCCGCUCUCGGCCGCCUACCACCACCACCACCACCACCCGCAGCAGCAGCAGCAGCAGCAGCAGCAACAACAACAACAACAACAACCGCUGCAGCAACAUCCUCCGCCUCCCCCUCCCCGGGCGGGCGCCUUGCAUCCCCCCGCCUCCUCCUCCUCCUCCUCCGGGGCGCGGGGGCUCCCCAACCCUCACCACCACAGCAGCGGCUCGGCCCCGGCCCCCUCUAGCAAGGACCUCAAAUUUGGGAUUGACCGCAUUUUGUCGGCAGAGUUUGACCCGAAAGUCAAAGAAGGCAACACGCUGAGAGAUCUCACGUCCCUGCUGACGGCCGGCCGGUCUGCCGGGCUGCAUCUCCCAGGCCUGCAGCCCUCCGCCGGCCAGCUCUUCGCGUCGCUAGACCCCAUGAACGAGGCGUCUGCCAUCCUCAGCCCCUUAAGCUCGAACCCCAGGAACUCAGUCCAGCAUCAGUUUCAAGACACGUUUCCAGGUCCCUAUGCCGUGCUCACUAAGGACACGAUGCCUCAGACCUACAAGCGGAAGCGCUCAUGGUCACGGGCGGUCUUCUCCAACCUGCAGAGGAAAGGCCUGGAGAAGAGGUUUGAGAUUCAGAAGUACGUGACCAAGCCCGACCGGAAGCAGCUGGCGGCAAUGCUGGGCCUCACAGAUGCUCAGGUGAAGGUGUGGUUCCAGAACCGGCGCAUGAAGUGGCGGCACUCCAAGGAGGCGCAGGCCCAGAAGGACAAGGACCAGGAGGCGGCGGACGAGGAGAAGCUGGCGGCGGGCGGAGCAGCCCCGGGGGCAGCGGCGGCGGACGGGGAGCCCGAGGAGGAGGAGGAGGAGCACAGCCCCAGCCGCUCAGAGGAGGGCGAGGCCGAGAGCGACAGCAGCGACUCGGAGUCCCUGGACAUGGCCCCCAGCGACACGGAGCGGACCGAGGGCGCCGCCGCCGAGCGCUCCCCGCACCAGACCACCGUCAUCAAGGCCCCGGGGGCCGGCGCGCUCCUGCCCGCCGUGGGGAGCGGGGGCAGCGGCAGCUUUAGCUUCGGCGGCACCGGCACGGCGAUCGCCGGGAGUCUGGGCAGCAGCGGAGGAGGCCUGGCCCCGGAGAUGCUCCCUGCGCCCCAGCCCAGCCUCAGCAGCGCCCCCAAAAGCCCGGAGCCCGCGCAGCCGCCUCUCGGGGGCCCGUAGACUGGACCAGGGUGCAGGGGACCCUGCCGUGCGCGGCUGGAUCUGGUGCGCCUACUCCAUGGUGCUGGCCGCCAGGACGGGGCCAGAGAAGCAUCAUCGGUGGAGGCCUGGCCCCAGAGCUGCUCCCUGCGCCCCAGCCCAGCCUCAGCAGCGCCCCCGAAAGCCCAGAGCCCGCCCAGCCGCCUCUCGGAGACCCCUAGACUGGACCAGGGCGCAGGGGACCUGGGCCGUGGCCUCCCAUCGCCGCUGGAUCUGGUGCGCCUCCUCCAUGGUGCUGGCCGCGCCUGGACAGGGCCGGAGACCCAUCAUCGGUGGAGCAUCCUUCGCCAGGGUCGCCUCCUGCCCUUGCCAGCCGCCUGGUGGCUCAGCCCACACAUUGCGCAGUUGCCUGGGGGCGUCUCAGUGCCCCCCACCCACCCCCGACGGACACUUCCCCCCCCUGGAUGGAUACAAGCAGCUCACACUGUGACGUGUGACUCCGCAGUGCCUUCCCGCGCUGGGGGGUCGCAAAGACAGCUGCACUGCACGGAAGGAAGCCACGAUCUUGUAAAUAAAAUGUUUACUACGGUUUGUAAA